CUUUUGUAUAAAUAGGAAAGUCUUUCAUGCAUGGAGUGUUUUGAAUUUGAAAUCAACCAAACUUUAAAAUCCAUAUGGAAAAUGAAAAAUAACUCUAUAUGGAUGGAACAGUAGUGAAAUGGCGCGAAAAGGAAUGGGAUUUCAUGGUGGGAAUAUUGUCGAUACCGAUACAUUAUAUAACAAUGUGGAUUAAGAUUUUGCAAUUUCAAGAGAGGUUAACAUACUCAAAUUCAUUUUUAGAUAUGAAAAAACCACCCGAUCAACCAGACCUAAUUACUAUUGAUCUUAUAAUACACAAAAAUCUAUACAUACAAGGGAGAUUUGAGCUAGAGGUGCUAGUGGUGGCACUAGCUGCUGAAUAUGAUUAUUCAGAUGAAUAUUCAUACGGAGACGAACGUCCAGCAGCAGAUUAUACCAAAUACUUCAAUCAAGUUGGUGCAGCUUCAGGGGUAGUAGCCAAUAAACAAGAAAAACCCCAGGAAUCAUUCGGUUUCAUCCCACCAGCUGAAUUCGAAUCAUUUUUCAACACCCCGUUGACUCAUUUCGGUGCCGAAGCCAAAGCUUCAAAUGCUCCCCAAGCAUUUUUACCUCAACCGAAGAAAUUGACUCCGUUUGAUGCUUUUAGGCAAACAGCAGCUGUGGAACCCAAGGAUUAUUUUGAAGAAAGUCAAAAGAAUCAGGAAAGUGUUAAACCGGGACCGCAUUAUGUCAGUCAUCAAGUUCCUGCUCCUGAGAAUUAUGACGCCGAAGAAAGGGCUCAGAGUAAGGAUGAUGUUGAAACUAUUCCUCCACCGUUGAAUAAGAAACAUAAGAAGGUUAAACCUGUAACUCCAUCGUACGACACCUACGACGACCUAGACGUCAUAACUAAAACCAACGAACAAGUAAACGAACCCAAAAUCAAUCCUUUGGCCUACUACGGAACAAAAUCGGCUAACUACGAAACUGGAAAAUCUUCGUCAACAGUUUCCCAAUAUCCAGCCGCAGCUGGAUACCUUUCCAGCCUGAAAAUCCCCACAACCACUGUGACCACCCCAUACCAAAAAUAUAGCUAUCAGCCAAUCAACUAUGAAGCUUUACAAUCCAAGUAUUUAGAAGCUCUAGUUAGUACUCCUAGUACUAAUAUCGAUGAUAAUGGGGCUGCGCAUUCGGAAAACGCACCAGAGAAUCUUAAAAAUAAAGACUGCAGAAAAAUCCAUAGUCCAGAAAACGCCGAAAACAUGAACUGCUUCGUAUGCGAAGACGCCCCAAACAAAUCCAAAUACACUCAAUGUUCCUACAAAUCCAGCGAGGAACCUGUAAAUGAAUUUGCAGGAAGUUCCAUAAGAUACUCUUCACCUGUAAAGGCUCCAAUUGGUUUCAGACACAAAAGAAGUCCACGCAAAGGUAAGUACAGCGACGAUCCCUAUUUCCAAGUUUCCCAAAGGAACAGGAAAUAUUUCGAAGACUACGACAAGGAACAACAAGCAGCCGAAAGCGAACGUCAAAAGGACUUCCACUACAAACCUUACCAGCCUGAAGAAUACGAAAGUUACUCAGAGAGUCAAAGUUCCGAAAUCUUAAAACAACCAGGCGCUUGUAAAAAAGUUGACCGCAAAGGCAUGACUUGUACUGUUUGCAAAGACCCUAAAACUGGAGGUAAUUUCGAACAGUGCUCCUAUACUUCGGCUCCUAAAGAAAACAAAUACGCUUAUGUAGCCGAGAAAAAGUAUGAUAGCGAAGAUGAUGAGCCAGAAGAAACCAAAACUGUAACAAAACAAAGUUCUGAAGAAGCUUCUACUGCUAAACCUGAUGAGUUAGAAGUUGCUGCUUCAACUGUUGAAGAAACUGAAGUAGAAAAUGAUGAAGAAGAAAAAGAAGAAUCUGAUGAUGAUGAUGAAAGUGAGGCACCUGCAUUCAAUUACCAAGAGCUUAAAAAAGAAAAAGCACUCAUCAACGAUGACCCUUACAACGUACCUGAACACUUUGCCGAAAGUGUAAGUAACAAAAAAACCACAGAAGACAAUAAUAAUAAUGAAGAAAACUUUGACGAAUACCACUACAAACUCUUCCCUGAAUUAAACAACAAAGAAGAAGCAGAUGAAGAAGAAGAACAAAAAACUGAUGCCACCGAACAAAAACAACAAGACGUUGAAGAAGUUCUAGCUGAGUUUGCCAAAAAAGACCGCUCCAACUGUAAAAAAGCAGUCAAAAACGGAAUGACAUGCUUCUUAUGCGUUGACAAAAAUAAAGUCCAACACGAAGAGUGCAUGUACAUUGCCGAAAGCAAACCAAAACCAACCCAUAUCGCUUACCACGAAGUUCAAAGACUUAAAGACCCAAAAAACAACAACCCCGAAGAAGAAACUGAAGAAUCUAAAAAGGUUGAAGCAGCUGUAACUCCUAAGAGGAAGAAAUUUUUCAAAAAAGUUGCCACUUCAGAAUUAAAUCCUGCAGCUUCAAAUAAAUACCAAACCAUUGUGCCGUUUGAUUUGAAGGCUUCAGCUAGUGCACCUGAUGCUGAAAGAUUAGAAGACGCACCUCAAAAAGAAGCAAGUGAGCAAACUGAAACUGAAACUCCAACUCCUCCGGAAGUUGAAGUUGGAGAUGAAGAAGGGGCUUACAGCCACGAAACUAAGCCUACUUAUAGUAAACUUUUUGGUACUACUUUGCCCAAAUAUAUGGUAGAGAAGACGGAAUUUGAAAAAGAUUUCGAUGAAGUUUCUGGAUUUUAAGCCACCAAAAAUGUAAUUAGUCCAAAUUUUGGAGUGUGAUAUGAUAUUUGUUGUUUGUUUUUUUUUUGCAAUAAGGGUUUUUGUUAUAAAUAAAUAGAUGUUUUGUUUGUGAUUGUUGACAAUAAAAGUAAUUUAAAAUUU